GCCAGCGGGCGAAAGAAGUUCUCGGAAGCUUGGAGGCCUCGGCACCGCAGCGCAUCCCGCGGUGCCAGGCCGCGGGGGCUCCGCUUUGGAAGAAGAUGGCAGACAGUCAAGACUCUGUUGUGGAGCAGGGAGCUGGGGAUUCAGCAAGCUCAGAUGCAGUUGAUGCUAAGCCAGAUCGGUCCUCGUUCGUCUCAUCAAUCUUGAGUAUGAAGAGGAAAAAUGGUUCUAGGAAAUCCGUCAAGACCACCCGGGAGCGAGUGCCUACCUAUCAGUAUAACAUGAAUUUUGAGAAGAUGGGUAAAUGCAUCAUAAUAAACAACAAGAACUUCAGCCCAUUGACAGGUAUGAGCGUCCGGAACGGAACAGACAGAGAUGCCGAUUCCCUUUUCAAGAGCUUCCGAAGCAUGGGUUUCGACGUGGUCGUGUAUAAUGACUGCUCUUGUGCCAAGAUGCAAGAAGUGCUGAAAAAAGCUUCUGAGGAAGAUCACGGAAAUGCAGCCUGCUUCGCCUGCAUCUUAUUAAGCCAUGGAGAAGAGAACAUGAUUUAUGGCACGGACGGCAUGGUAGCCAUCAAGGACCUGGCGAUCCAUUUUCGGGGGGAUAGAUGCAAAACCCUUUUAGAGAAACCCAAACUCUUCUUCAUCCAGGCGUGCCGGGGGACAGAGCUUGAUGACGGGAUCCAGGCCGACUCGGGGCCUAUGAAUGACACGGAUGCCAGUCCCCAACGUAAGAUCCCAGUCGAGGCCGACUUCCUCUUCGCCUAUUCCACAGUUCCAGGCUAUUACUCGUGGAGGAACUCGGGAAGCGGCUCCUGGUUUGUGCAGGCCCUCUGCUCCACCCUGAACGAGCACUGGAAAAGCCUGGACAUCUUGCAGAUCCUUACCAGAGUAAACUACAUGGUGGCCAGGCACUUCGAGUCGCAGUCCGACGACCCGCGCUUCCACGAGAAGAAGCAGAUCCCGUGCGUGGUCUCCAUGCUCACCAAGGAACUCUACUUCUCCACAUAACCCUUCCAGGGGUGCUGCUUAGCCGGAAAACAAUGGGUCCUUUGUUGAUGAAUCAGAUAGGAUUUGUGUAUGUUUGUUUUUUGAUGCUCUUGAAAUACCCAUAAAUUCUAAAGGAUUUUUAUUUCAGGAAAAUUAUUCUACUGGAAAGAAACUUCUUGGUGCUAUCUUAUGUUCACUGAAUUUUCACAAUGUUCUCUAUUUGAUGACUUUGUAAUUUCCUCUUAAGAUUAUUUUUUGUUUGUAUUUUUCCUCCUGUCACACAUACUACAUACAACAAAAAUUACCUCUGCAGAGGACUCUUAGCCGCAUUCACUGUGGUUGGGGAUGGCACUGAUGGACAGUCAGAGUCAUAUUGGUACCUGGCAAAGAGAGUCCCGGUGCUUGACAAAACACAGUCAAGGGGAUACUCACUCCCCCGUAUUGCAGAAGGUCAGUAUACAGUGUGGUUGGAGUGAUUUUUUCAGUGGCUUAGGAUAGACUCUUGUGCAGAAAUUCACAGAUAAGUUAGAGGGGAAAAUAAUUUAAUGAUUCUGUUAUGUGUCAGUCAAGAUCCAUUCAGGAAAACAAACCAUUCCAGGUGUUUCAAUAGAGGAAUUUAUUAUUAUUAUUUUUAAUCUUUACCGGAGGAUAUUUUUUCCAUUGUUUUUCAGAGAGAG